AUGCUACUCCGAUUUCGAGGUCCCGAUGGGAUGGUGCGCAUAACAGUUGAGCGUGCAGAUACAUUUGCUCGGCUCGGGGAAAAGCUAUCAGAAGUGCUGCCCGCCACCGUCGAUUUCAACACCCUCACUCUGUCAAAUCAGCCAGCCGGCGGAGAAAUUAAACUGCUGAAAGAAAUAGCAAGACACAGGGUUUCAGCAAUAGGAUUAGGUCAUGGUGACAUGGUUUUCAUAAACUACAAGCAUGUUGACUCACUCUCGAAUGGCAAUUCGAACGGUGAUACUACGACUUCGUCACAUCCUCUCUCCUCUACAAAUCGACUUAACGGCCAUGCUAUCCUCCCUAACGAAGAUUUACCCAUCGAUCCGCCCCCAAUGACUUCACCAUCAGAAAAGAUCAAGAACCCGUGGGAACUGGUUAAACAAUCCGCCCUGGAUGACAGACUAGACAAGCUGAACGGCAAAAUCCCCCGAAAAAGGGACGUCAAGAUGUGCAGGCAUGGAGAGAAGGGCAUGUGCGAUUACUGCAUGCCUUUGGAGCCAUUCAACGCAGACUAUUUGAAAGAGAGAAAGAUCAAGAAUCUCUCUUUCCAUUCUCAUUUACGGAAGAUCAACUCGGCAACAAAUAAACCCGAGUUAGGAAGCUCCUUCAUGCCACCUCUGACCGAACCCUAUUACCGAGUCAAACGAGAUUGUCCUUCAGGUCAUCCACAGUGGCCGGAGGGAAUCUGCACGAAGUGUCAACCGAGUGCCAUCACAUUACAACCACAACCGUUCCGUAUGGUCGACCACGUCGAGUUUGCGACCCCUAGCCUCAUCGAAAAUCUCCUUCAGUUCUGGCGGGCGUCUGGUGCGCAGCGACUAGGAUACCUUUAUGGCAGAUACACCGAAUAUACAGAAGUUCCCCUAGGUGUGAAGGCCAUUGUCGAAGCCAUCUAUGAACCACCACAAGUCGGCGAAGUUGAUGGCGUGACUUUGAAUGAAUGGGAGAAUGAAAAGGAAAUGGAUGAAGUUGCUAGGCUAUGUGGUUUGGAGAGAGUCGGAGUGAUCUGGACGGAUCUGGUAGAUUCUGGCGUUGGUGACGGAUCUGUUAUUUGCAAGAGGCAUAUCGACUCGUACUAUCUGUCAUCGCUGGAGGUCGCAUUCGCUGCCCGACUUCAAUCGCAGUUUCCGAAACCUACCAAAUGGAGCGAUACCGGAAGAUUUGGCUCAAAUUUCGUUACUUGUGUGGUAUCUGGCGAUGAGUCGGGUCAAAUUACUAUCUCGGCGUAUCAAGUAUCCAAUUCGGCGGUGGAGAUGGUCAGGGCGGAUAUCGUUGAGCCCUCUGCAGACCCAACGGUGAUGCUCGUUCGCAAUGAGGAAGAAGAUGAUGGCUCUGAGAGCCGCACUCGGUACAUCCCUGAGGUUUUCUAUCGACGAAUCAACGAGUACGGUGCAAGUGUCCAAGAGAACGCAAAACCUUCCUUCCCAGUCGAAUAUCUCCUCGUCACAUUGACACAUGGCUUCCCCAGCGACCCUAAACCCCUUUUCAUGGCCGAAGCACCAGGUUUCCCAGUCGAAAAUCGGGCAGUUCUUGGUCAAGAUCAAGAGCUUAAGACGGUUUCUGAUCGCCUUGGAGUCGACAAGGAUGGACAGCUCAGAAAGACAAGUGAAGGAGUUCUUGCAGUCUCCGACUUCCACUUACUUUGCUUCCUCCACGGCAUGGGUAUCUUGAACAAGGAAGAGGAAGCACUCCUCUGCCGUGUGGCCACGCAGCAUGAUCUAGCUGAUGGAUAUCAGUUGUUAUCUACACCUGGUUGGGCAACUUUACUUGCAAUAUUACAAACGACUGGUGAGAGACCCCCCAAACGGCCAUCGCCGGAUGACGGUGAUGGCAGCAACACCGAACGCCUUGCUAAGAGGGUUGGCGGGGUAAGGCUAGAUUGA